UGCAAAAUGCCGUUUUAUUAAAUAUAAAAAAUUUGAUCGCCUUUCUGCAAAAUAUUAAAGCGUUCUCCUUAUUGCAGGCGCGUUUCCUAUAGACAAAGAAGCCGUUUCUAAACACGCUAGGCGAACGCAUGGCUUACAACUGUCAUCAAUCUUCGCGUUUGAAAGAGCAGGAAAUACCUGAGUUUGCCGACUCAUUCUUCUCGCGUCUAAACGAGCGCUAUUUUCACCAGAAAAUCGGCAUUCUCGCCACUCGGGAAACGAACGAGGAGAUAAACCGCGGCUAAAAUCAGCGCCAGACUGUGCGCGAUUCGUAAUUCGCGAUUCGCGAUUCGUGAUUUGCAGAGAUUUAUGGGACAUUCGGGAAAAUUUGUCAUUCGUCACUGACGGAUCGUCAGUGCAAACUUUCCACAUUAUUCGCGAUUCGCGGUUUAUCAUUCAUAAUUCGAAUGAAUUGAUUCGAAUAAUUCGCGUCCUUUGAGUUUUAAAAAACCGCUCGGCUAGCGAAUGGCAAUCGCGCCUGACGAAUCGGCGAAUUUUUUCCUUCACGUUAUUCAGAAAUCUACAAAUUACGGAUCGCGCACAGUCUGGCGCCAGCUUGACUUCUGUCAGAGUGUCAGCUCCGCGUCUCGGGGAACAGCUGAUCCAGCUUUAUCGGGAGAAGAGGAAGGAAGGAACGCGGUCGCUCUCUCUCGCUGGGUAAACGAGCGACGAACGUUAACAGGCCGGGCGUACUCCCCGUGCGGCCUUAUCUGGCGCGCUCAGGACAACAAAUAAAAGGGAUGCCAUGCCGUGUUGCGGAAAAAUCUGGAUUACGGAAAAAUCAAUGGGGGUGCAACGUGACAGCGCAUCGCGCUGAGUGACAGGCUACCGUCGUCCUCGUCCUCACCGUCGUCGUUCUCGCCCUGGUCGUCCCGUCCUGGUCGUUGGCACGCAAGCGAUCGCGACACGAUACGGGCCGUAGCGUCAGGUUAUGUCUCGGUUAUGCUCGCGACCCUAUAAACACGAGCUCGAGCGCGACCGCGGCGACUCGGGCCGCGGUUGAACCCAUCACACGCACGCACGAUGAGGCGGCACGACCUGAAGGCCGACGAGGAGUGCGAGAACGUGCGCAGGAAGGCGAGCAGCAGGAGCGCGGAGCACGAGAGGCGAAGUAGCAAGAGCCACAAGAGGAAGGAGCACGCCGCCGGUGGCCGAAAGUCCAAGAGCGGCGUGGUGGACAAGGUCGUGCACAAGGUGGAACCGCGGGAGGAGAACGAGGAGACGCCGAUCGAGCUGCUCUACCUGGGCAAGGACCCGAUCGCGUCCGGCGUGUCCUGCGACGUCGAGAUGGAGCCGUCCGUGUCCAACGAGGACAACUACAUCCUGGUACCGCCCCUGGACGCGUUCAAGGACGCGGAAUUGAGCGUGGAGAAUCUGCUGGAGCAGAGCAUGGACAAGAUGGCGAAGAACCAGAAGAACGCCAGGUGGAGGCAGAGCUACAACCGGAUGGUGUUCCUGCGCAAGCACGCAGCCAGCAACAGCAACGAGUCGACGGCGAGCGAGGACAUCAGCCAGAGCACGUCGACGGACGAGCACGAGCGUAUACCGAAGAUCGAGGACAUCACGUCGUACGAGGACGACGAUGAGGAGGAGCAGAACGCGAAGAGCAAGCGGGAUAAGAAGUGGGAGAAGAAGCUGCACCCCCUGUCGCUGCGCUACACCGACAAGAAGAGGCCGUACCUCAAGUGCCCCGCGUGCGGCGCGACCUUCUUCAGCCCGAACACCUACCAGAGGCACCUCAUCUCCCACGUGUACAAGACGUCGGAGAGCUACGCGUGUAACUUCUGCAACUACUCGAACGCGGAGCCCGGCAUGCUGUUCGCCCACCUGACCAAGCACCAGAACCAGUGCGAGUCCUGUAACGAGAGCCUGCUGCGCAAGGACAAUUACGAGAAGCACUUUCAGUGCACGAGCGGCACGCUGGACUGUACCCUGAAGCGCGACCAUCACGGCAUGUUCGUGUGCGCGGUGUGCGAGCUCGUGUUCGACCUGUCCGCGCAGCUGGAGAAGCACUGGUUCAAGCACACCUGCAAGAAGCAGAAGUCGUAUCAGUGCAACGAGUGCAGCGGUCUCUACGAGAACACGGAGACCCUGAAGAAUCACAUAUGCCUCAAGUGUCCGAUCUGCGGCGAGGUGUACGAGAGCCUGCACCGGCUGAAGAUACACACCAUGUGGACGAAGCACAACCUCAAGUGUCCGAUCUGUUCGUACGAGUUUAUCCUCUCGAUGGACCACGAGAAGCACAUGGCCCUGCACAGGAAGGUCUACCAGCCGAUGAAGGACUACAUGCACUGUCUACGCGCCGCCGACGGCAAAACUUUCCAGUGCAAUCUCUGCGACAAGAUAUUCUACGCCCUGCCGACCCUCCUCACCCACCUCACGGAGGAGCACGACGUGGGCAACGUGAAGGUGGAGGAGGAGGAGGAGGAGGAAGAGGCUAUCAUGGACGAGGACGACAGCUACGAGCUGAAAGGAGACGCCAUCGACAUCGUUGUGGUUCCCGACUUUAAAGACUCCGACGGCUACUUCGACAGCUGCAGCGACAUGGACUCCACUCUGCAGCAGGAAACUGAUCUCUACGACCCGUCAUAAGACUCGUGCGUGUGUGCGCGCGCGCGAUUCCCUUCGUCGGGUUUUCCACUCAAGUCGCGAGGACUCAAGAGAGCGAAGGACUCUUCCUCCCUCCUGUGAACAAUUGUUAGCUUUUAUUGUCAGUCGCAUCUUCUCGAGCGUUCUCAUAAUACCGAUACUCAAACCGAACUACCAAAUGGAACUGAUACACACGUACAGAUACACUGGCACACGUACAGGUGCACAGAUAUAUACACACACACACACAGACACAGACAACUGUAAGUGCCGUUUAUAAAAUAUAGAUGUAAUUAACGCGCAAGGCGCUAUUUUUAAAGGUAUAUCGUUUUGCUUCGGAGUUUUGAUAUCGAUUUAUAUCUCGUAGAACGAUGGUAUUAAUUUUACAUUCGACAUAGUCCAUCCGCGUCAAUAUUAUUACGUUACGAUUAUUAUGUAUGACACUUGCCUGCUGCCUUUUCUUUUUUUUUCCCUUUAAGCAAAAAGCGUAUCGACGAGACGAGGGUAAUGAUAACCGAUAUUAUAGCAAUCUCAAGGUAGAUACUGACGAAAUCGAUCUCUGCGGAACGAUCUUGCAGGACUGCACGUAUUUUUCUGAUGAAUGUAAUAGCGAAUUCGGCCGGCCAGACUCCGCGCUAGAUACUGUAAAUACAUAAGAUUACCAAAGUGCAAAAGCGUAACGUACGCGUCUUGUGAUUGAUGAGAUAACCGAUGAUACAUCAUAUAUUUUGUACGAUAUAUGAUUAAUUAUGCUUUCGUGCACUGAGGUAAUUCCACGUUGAGACCCCCCAACGCGCCCCUAACGCGCGAAACCCGAAUGCGAAAAGCAAAUUCGCUAUGCACUACCAUCGGAAAAUUUAGGCGAUAAAUUAAUAUUAGCGAUUCCGAUCCGCUUCGCGAGGACGAGCCUCGGGAACGGCAAAUUAUAUGAUUGCGAGGUGCCCCAGCUGGCUCCUCGAGCAUAUUCCCUUUCGGCGCAAAUAUAAUUCGUUGUACCUUGAUAUUUGUUUGUACUUUAUACUUGUUAGAGAACUUGAAGAACGUUUUAUGGAAUUCUAGAUAAAAUUAGAGAACGUAAAUUUAUAUAAAAUUAUGCGCAUUAACCGCGGAAAACUGCGAGUCGACGUGAACGAGAAGAAAGGGGAGCGUCACUUUUCGUAUAUAUAUAUAUUGCGUAUUUAUAACAAAAAUAAUAACAUGUUUUUAUAUAUCGAGAAAAGAUUUCUUUAAAUGGAUUUACGAUUUACGGUUAUUAGGAUUAUUUUUGAACGACGUACAAGAUAAAUUUGAUUUUAUAUAAUUUAUUAAUAUUAAUCACAUACGUUAUAAUUUCCCUAUGUUUAGGGAGACAAAUCUAAAGUUCUGUUUGAAAUCGUUUUUUUCCCCUCUAUAUACGUUCCUAUAUUUUUUUUCCGACGACAGCGCGAUUGAUUUACACCUUUAACAGCCUCGAAAUAUACAGACGAAAUAUACAAAUUGAACGCUGCGAAUACAUUCCGCUAUCACAUGCGCGGUUUCAUGCGGAAUACCCGUUCGAAAAAAUUUGCAUCACAGAUGCAGAGUGAAUGAAUUCCCUUACCGUCUGUAAAGAUACAUAUUGAUCACAUCAGAUUUCAACUUCGUUAUAUAUGUGUGUAUAUAUAUAUAUAUAUAUAAUAUAUACAUAUAUUAUGUAUACGUUGCGCGAUGUAUACUUAUGUAACUCUCGUUUUAAUCAUUUCUGUGUCGGAGUAUAUUUUAGAAAAAGCGAGCUAUCCUGCUGUAGCCUGACCGUGUCGUCCUGCUACGAUUAUUCAAUUUGAAUUAAUUAAUUUUUGAAAUCUGGUGUUUUCCAUUCGUUUCUCCUAAGGUUACCGCGCGCAUCGUUCCCGCAUUCGAUUUACAAUACAUUCAAUACAGUAAUAACACAUAGAUCUGUUUUCGUGAAACAUGGAGCCGCGUUAAACGCGAUGACGAUGAUUUUGCAUCGUACGGAUAUAUCUAUCUGGUGACGCACCUCGCAUGGUCGCAUUUUAUUUAUUUGUUUUUCUUCCUGCGUUCAAGUUUCUCGCUCAGCGUCGUCAGGAGACAGUUUUACAAGCGUAUGUAAGUCUAACGUGUCGUAGGCCUACGGUAUUAUUAUUAUUAUUAUUAUUAUAGUUUACAUGAAGAAUCUCAGCUCUGUUACGUGUACUUCUCGUUUUGAAAAAUAAAUAUUCAUCAACAAGUAA